AUGUCAUUUUCAAAACAAAAUCAUCAAUCAUAUAAAUUACAGUCGUCUCGUGAACCUGUUAACAAUUUACAAGCAACUCCAACAACAACAACAACAACAAACAAUAAUCGUAGUAAUCCAAGUAUACUCCAUGGAAAACGAUUGACAACAUCAUUUCCUCGAUUAGAACAUCCAUUCGAACACUCAAAGAUCAAUACUGACAAGACAACGACCUCACUACAAACAACUACUAAUAAAGUCUCGUGCAAUCCAGUUUGUAUGCUUAAUGAAGCAUUAGCUAAUGAAGUAUUAAUUGAACGAUUACAACAGUUAAUCAGUGAAUUUAUGAAUCGAGAAGGUCGUCAUUAUUCAUACGAUACCACUAUACGUUGGAGUAUUGAUCAUGGCAGUCAAAUAAAGUACAAUCUUGUUAUUUUGAUUAAACAACCUAGUGAUACUCGUAUUUAA